AUGGCAUCUGGCAAGGAUUUCAGCCAUGACAACGCCAAGGACAAGCUGAUCACAUCAGUCGACGACCAAUCAAUCAGUGGAGCCACGUAUAAAGCCUACAACAAUCUUAUUUUUUUCUACAAUCAACCUGAUGUAGAUACACCGGAAGUGGUUACAUCAGACUGGAAUGCCUCGAUUGAAGCAUUUCUUACAGCCGUCAUGAAUACGGCGGUUAUGCAAAGUGCUCAGCAGUUCCUUACGAAGCAAGGCAAGCGACAGCUCCCUACCAUGGCUACUAUACAAAUUUAA